UCCUAGUCUAAAUAAAAACAGAUUACCAAUUCAUUUGAUUUAAUUUAUGUUGGUAAGAGAAUUAAUAAAAAAAGGGUAAAAAAACAAAGUUUAUUUUUAUUUAGAGACACGUUGCGGUUCAUCAGUCGUCAUGGUUACAAUAAUAACGACUCGGUUGCCACGUGGAAUGAAUGUUUAUCUUUGAAAAUCGAAACACUUGAACGUUUGGUGAUCGGUUUGAAACGGGACGCAAACGGCGGAUUUACUGCAAACAACUCAACAACAGUUUCAUCGACCCACCCCAGCGCGACCGUGUCCCCUCACGGACUGUGUGACCGGAGAUUGAUCCUCACGUGAUGGAGGGCGGCGGAGAAAUGAAGACAAAUGUGAGCCGAAGCACCGGCACCGACUCACCGUCGGCCCGCUGUGACGACCGGGCGGCGGCGUUUCGAUAUGUGUCGGAGAGGAUUCAGAGAGACGGGACGGAGGAGGAGGAGCAGGAGGAAGAUCUCUGCUUCGACAUCCUCUCCACCUUCAUCAACAGCCUGGGGGACCAGCAGUGGGAGAGCAUCCGGGAGAGGUCGAGAGAACCGCUGACGCAGGCUCACCUGGCUCAGGUGUCCAGGAGGAUCGUCAGGGUGGUGUCCGAGCUCGUCCUCCAGGUGCUGGUCCCGGCCCUGAUGUCCCGUCUGCGGGCCCAAGACACCUCAGAGUCUUCAUCCAGCAAAUCCAGCAAAGACAGCGGAUCCUCCGCUGUGAAGGGGAGACCCUACAUUAAAGAAAGCUCUGGCUCCCAGUCGUCAGACAGGUGCAUGCUGGGAAAAGUAGUGCAGCCAGAGCGUCUGUAUGCGCUCGCUGCCCUGAAAUGUGCGGCAGAAGUCCAGUCUUCCUCCACGAACUCCUCAGGCUCCAGGGCCAGGGCCCUCGCUAAGGUGGCGUCGUGGCACGACAUCGAACGUUUUCUGGAUGCAGCAACAGGGGAGGUGAUGACAGUUAUCAUUAAAAGCUUCUCCUGUCAAGAGAGGACAGCAGGAGCCAAGAGGACGGACAGCGCUGCUUACAAAAUCCUGAAAGAUGUGGCCAUCAAGAUGAGAUUCUCAGAGAGACAGACACCAGACGAGUUUGAUCAGGAGAGUUUGCACGAGUAUCACUGCUGCUGCUUGGGGUACCUCGGCAAGAAACUUCAGAACUGCACCAGCAAAGUAAAAGGCUCCUUGACAAAGAGCCAAAAGGUUGACAUGAAGGCUAAGCCUGAAGACAGAAACACCACUUAUCCGAUGUCUGUGUCCUCUGAGGAGGUCGCCAUCGACCUUUCAUGCAGCAAGUUUCGAGAAAACAGCCUGAAUGCACUGAAGGAAUUCCUCAGGACGUCACUGCUCAUGUUUCCCUUGGACUGCAUCGAGGGAAAGGACAGCUACGUGGACUCCGUGGACUCUGUGGACUCUGUGGCCUCAAAGAUGCACGACAUUGUAGUAAACAGUGUAACUAAACUGUGCCAGCCACAGCCAAGACAAUUCUCGUGGCAGCAGUCUGAAAACACCAUCGUGUCUGAGGAGAAAGUAGCCUCCUCGGCAUUGAUGCUAAAAUUCAACUUGCAAGUGAUUCUGCAGAAUUUUCUCACCUCCCACAAAGAGGCUUCGGACAAGCUGAAGGAGGUGGUAAAGGAGGAGGCAAGGAGGUCGUUGUCUGAACUUCUGUCCAGCAGGAGUGACGAGAGUGCUGAGGACACCCUGAAGGGCAGUGUGCACUCCACACCGACCACUUCCUGUGAGUCCAGUAUCAAGAGCAUGACAAAGGUGGUGCAGUCUUUCCUGGAGGAAGCAGAGCAGUCAUUGAAAGAAGACAGCUCCAAGAGUAGUGAAGCAGUGACCGGCUUUGAAGAGCUGAUCAGCCAGGACAAGCUGUUCACCUUCUCCAAGGUACUGGCCGACAAGCUCGCUGGCAUGUUUCAGGAACAAACACAGAGUGCGCCCAGGUCUCUGGAUCCCAACAGAAAGGGCUGGUCCGAUUCAGAACUCAACAAGCCGACGAGAGGUCCUGUUGGCAUCAUCAUGCCCUCUGACCAGGUGUACGUCUUCGUUGAGGAAACUGUGAAGCACCUGCUGACAUCGCUCAUCUUCCCUCCGCCAUCCUGGGGAAUGGGUCACAUGAUCCAAGUCCAAAGCGACGCUUCAGCUGCCGCCAACUGGGCGGAGUCUGUCGAGAAGUACGAGGCCGUCAUCGGUUUCUACAGCGAGCUGAUGGCCGACCAGGUGAUGGGAACCCUCAGCAGGACUUCUGCUUCCUCCAGGGUCCGGCAGGAAGUCACCGGACCUCAGAAAAAGAAGAUCCAUUUCUUCCAGGAACUUCCAAGCAAGAUCAGGAGGAACUGGAAUACACUGACCCACAAGGAGGACUAAGAAGUGCAGCUGUCGACAGAGAAGAACCCUAACCCCCACACCCUCCUCCCAACUCCUUCCACCCUUCCUCCUCACCCACGGCACUUCCAGCUGGCGCUGUUUCAUCUGAGACUGGACAUCAUAAAAGAAAUAAAAAAAUGAAAAAUAAUAUUUUCAAUGACAAUCUUUUCUUUCAAAUCACUAACACAAGGCGACCAAAAUAUUGAUUUGAAGAGUUCAAAGAAAAAGACUGAUUGUAAUAACGCAGCCUGUCUGCAGCAGCAGGGCUGCACGGUUUGGUUAAACUCAUGAAGCUCUUUGGCUUCAGGAUGCCAAAACCGGUUUGGAAACUCUGCAGCUGUGGUGAGGUUUGUUUAUGCGCCGCAGCCACAGCUGACCGUGAAGUGUCAAUCAUGCAAAGACUUUUUUCCAUGGUGCAUCAGACUAAAGCGGACCGGAGCUAGCUAAGCAUUAAAUACUCAUGAUUAAAACAUCCAAUGAAAGUAAACACACUAAUAAAGAAAACCAAGUUGAUUGCUCUGGAUGUAAAGGAAUUCUGUAUACUUUACUUUAACAAUUUAGAUGUGUCGAUAAAGACUUGCGAGUAUGGACAUUUUUGGUUUAGAUACCUUGAAAGUGCUUGAAAAAGCUUUUAAAAAGCUGCGUAUGGAGUACAGUUCUCGGGGCUUUGAAGAUCAAGCAGACUGUGGUUGGACAGGAGGACGGAUGAGAUCAUGAGAUACGUCCCCGGCUGGACUUCAGCAUAGUGAUUUCAUGUUUUGUAUCUUAACUUCUCCGUCAGAGUCUCCUUCCUGCUUCUUGUGCUGCAGGUAUUUGAAGGAAACCAGGACCUGGACACUCCUGUCCUCGCCCUUUUCAACACUUCCACCGUGGCCCGUUACA